UAUAAAGAAGAAAGGAAAAAAAUCUUAGUAAAUGGAGGAACGAGGGGGAGAGAGAGAGAGAGAGAGAGAGAGUAUCAUCGUGCAUUUGCCGAUCGCGGGAUCGUCCGUACGUCAAGGCACGAACACGGAGCACACGUGGUGCUUCUCUUCGCGGAACGUUAAGGAAUAAAUCUUUAAGUUGAUUGCAUAACGCGAAAAUAUCGAUGACGGUGCAGCAGCAGCGUGCCGGUCGGUCCGAGUAUUUACGUUUCUAUAUCCUUAUCUCCCUGGUGUCAUUAAUAAAAGUUGAAGUUCGUUAGUGAAGUUCAAGAGAUAAUGACGAUAUCGCUGCUCGCUCGAUUAAUGCGUGUAACGUCAUUAACUUCGACGAUUUUCUUUUCUCGCAAACUUAUUCUCGAUCGUUAAAUCGAUCGAUUCCACGCAACUGUGAUUCCGUUGAACUGUGCGAUAUUAAACAUAUUUAUUGCGUACGAAUGGGUUCGCCGAACGUAAUGGUGAACGGAAGCGUGGUGCAAAUUCCAGGACAGGUACAAGCUCAGGGCCUAGCUCUGGCACCGUUGACCCCACCGGCCCACGAAUUAGAACAACCCCAUCCGUUGUAUGGGCAACCUCAUAUACAAGUGCAACACGGGGUGCUGGUAAAGGCACCACCCGGCGGUGGUGCUGGUGGUGCACCGCAUUUGACGACCCUUUCGCAUCCAGGCACCCCGCCGGAUACGCCACCGGUCUCUGCCUCUCCACCCCCGUUGCAGCUGCAUCGCGCGGAGCGAGAUCCUCGCGAACGCAGUGGACUCCUCUUGCAUUUGCAACAACCGGGAUCCGUAUUGCAGGAUGACAUGCAAGUUGGGCCCGGGGUCAGCAUGGGCUGGCUUACUCAAUCCCUCAGGCAAGAACCCCUCGAUUUGAGACCUCAUUGUCCUCAGGAACAAGCGCAGGAACCUCAUCACGAAGCUUGGUCCUCGUCGACCCCGAAUCAUCAUCAUUUUCAGGAGCUUCAACAUUUGCCGAGACACACCAGGCAUCCCGGUGGGUACAUCACGAUGUCCGGUCACAUCGAGUACUAUGGUGGUCCAGGUUCAGGCGGCGGGAUGCUUCCCGCGGGCGGGGGUGUCAUGCAGAGCAUGGAUGAUAGCAUGCAAGGGAUGCCCAUGCAACCGGGUAGGCCGUUGAGCGUUUGCUCGGUCAGUUCUUGUGGUGCCAGUGGUCCCAGUCCUGCUCACAGAACUCCCAAUGGACUUUAUUCGAGCUGUGGACCUGCCAAUUCACAGGAAGAGCUCAUGAACGACGAGCUCCUCAUGUCGCUUUCCGUACGCGAAUUGAACAAACGCCUCCACGGUUGCCCGCGGGAAGAGGUGAGUCAGGUUGUCCGCUUGAAGCAAAAACGUCGAACUUUGAAGAACCGGGGCUACGCGCAAAACUGUCGCAGCAAACGAUUGCAACAACGUCACGAUUUAGAGACGACCAAUAGUAAUCUGCAAAACGAACUUCAACGAAUAAAAGUCGAGCUGGCUCGAACCCAACAAGAGCGGGAUCUUUACAAGCAACGUUGUGAAAUAUUGAGGGCUCGUCAGAAUCAUCAUCACAGUCAUAAUCACAACCAUCAUCAACAGCAAGUUCCUCAAUCUCAGCAACAACAAGCGCAAGCGCAACCUCAGCAACAACAUCAAUCGCAAAAUCAACAUCCUCAGCAACAACAACAGCAGCAGCCACCACCAGCACCCCCGCAACAACAACAACAACAACAACAACCGGGCCCGGCCAGUCCGGAAGUUUACCUAUGACAUCGACAGCGCCGAGGAGGCGCUUGCUGGACCUGAACGCGAUUUUAUCGAUAAAUCGAAUGCUUAAAUCGCGUUUCGAGAACUUUUGUGGAUCGAGUAAUGGGGAGGAAGAUAGAAGGGGAAGAACGUUCGAGCGAUACCUCUCUGAGAUCUAUCCUGGGCGUUAUCUCGGCAGCAAAAUAAUCAAAUUAUUCCGAACAAAAGUAAAGAAGCAAAAAGCUAUUAUUUUGCGUGCGUGCGUGCGUGCGUGCGUGCAUAAACGUUAACAAACAACGCAAUCUUUAUAUGAGGAUAGAUGAAUUUUCGUUUGUUUCUUUUUGUAUUUUUCCUUUUUUUUCGACGAUACACAGAGACAGGAACGUCUUCUCCUCGUUCCUCUGCGUGCAUAGGAUGGUGGUGCAUUUUAAUGAAGAAGAGGCCGCCGAGGAAGGGAAGGUGUCUACAAUUAAGUUAAGACAAAUGUAGGAUUAAGGAACGCGCAUGAAUGCGAACAAAUGCAGAUCCUUUUUUUUUUUGUUUUUUUUUUCAUUACUUUUGAAGAAUUCUCGUCUCUAGCGUUUGAUCUACGCGUGUACAUAGAUUCAUUCUACAUUGUUUAUGUAAUAUUAUGAUCGCAUCGCUUGUAAUAGCUAUCGGAUCUUGUUAAGGCCAUCGUAAAAAUGAUUUCUCAAGAUUAUCGCGAAUGAAGAACUUCGCGCGCUCUCUUCUAAACGUCAAUUUUACUUACAAUUAGGGCAUUCGUAUAAGUUUUGAUACGAGAUAGGGACUCUUCUUCGUCCAAUUAUUAUUCGAUGCUUUUAUUCAUUUUCUUACUAAUAGACACGAUAUUGUCAUUUGAUUUUCUUAUCAAACUUUGUCUUUUUUUCUUACUUUGUUUAUUUCUUUAAAUUAUAUUUUUAUAUCUACAUUAUUAUAAUGAUAUCUAUCAUAGGGUCGGUCUCUCUCAAUUGCGAGUCGAGUAGAACUAAAGGAAAAAAGGAAACUUGGACUGAUCAGAUCACGCGCUUAAACGGCCAAAGUGGGGUAAAAAGGGAAAUAUAUCGUUUUAAUAUGAUUUUGGCACAAAAAGUAAUCGCGGUAUACGGUAAUACCUGUAUGGUAUUUCUACGACUUGACUUCUUCGACGAAGAAAGAAUCUCCAUUUGUCUAUUCUACGAAUUCGACGAUAAGAAGAAGAAGUCGAGUUGUUUAUGCGUUAGACGGUGGCGUAACUUUGCGAACGAAGGAUUAGAUGAAAUAAUAAACGAGAAAAAGGAACAAUUUUAUUGGACGUAACGAAAUAUGAACAGGCCGGUGCUAAUCGUUCAUAUUUUAAGGAAAAUACCUGAACCUGCGCGUAAAGUUACGCCACCGAUCCUAAUUAGAAGAAUAUUAUGCAUAUACAAAAAAAAAAAUAUAUAUAUAUAUAUAUUAUUGUAUAUAUAUAUAUUAUUGUUUUCUCGUAUGGGUCACGUUCGGCCAAAACACCACUGGCCGAAACUUGUCCGAUUCGAUUUAAGAAUGUUUUAAUUCCCGUUACAUCGUCUCUCGUGUGUACAUAAAAGUAAUUAUUAUACUUCUUAUUAUAAAUAAACGUCGACACGCAAUCCGACAGUUUCAGAUA